AUGUUUAUAGCAGCGACUGGAGCUGCAAUCGUUGGGAGCCAAGCUACCAUAUCAGGGACUUAUUCAUUAAUCAAACAAGCUGUGUCUCAUGGGUGUUUUCCUCCAGUUAAAAUUGUUAACACUUCUAAGAAGUUUCUUGCUCAGAUCUAUUGCCCUGAUAUUAACUGGAUACUCAUGAUUGGUUGCAUCGCCGUCACUGCUAGUUUCAAGAACCAGAUCGAUAUCGGAAAUGCAUACGGGACUGCGGUUGUGAUCGUGAUGCUUGUGACCACAUUACUGAUGGUCCUGACCAUGCUUGUCGUGUGGCGGUGCCACUGGAUCCUUGUCCUUAUAUUCGCCCUUCUCUCGCUCGUGGUGGAACUGUCAUAUUUUUCGGCUGUGCUCUUAAAGAUUAAUGAAGGAGGCUGGGUUCCGCUCAUCAUAGCAGCAUUCUCUCUUUUGGUAAUGUUUGUUUGGAAUUACGUAACAGUCAAGAAGUAUGAGUUUGAAGUGCACAGUAGAGUUUCCAUGAGUUGGAUCCUCGGUCUCGGUCCCAGCCUUGGGCUUGUACGUGUCCCCGGGAUCGGGUUGGUCCACACUGAACUAGCGAGUGGUGUCCCUCACAUCUUCUCUCAUUUCAUCACUAACCUUCCCGCAAUUCACUCUGUCGUAGUCUUUGUCUGCGUCAAGAACCUUCUGGUAUACACCGUCCCUGAAGAAGAGAGGUUUCUUGUCAAAAGAAUCGGACCAAAGACAUUCCGAAUGUUUCGGUGCGUAGCCAGGUAUGGUUACAAAGAUCUACACAGGAAAGACGACAGAUUCGAAGACAAACUGUUCGAGAACCUCUUCUCGUUCAUCCAAAACGAGACAAUGAUGGAGUCAGAUUCAAACUAUAGCAACAGCGUGUAUCCCGUCAACUAUACACAAGAGUCCAGAGAUGAAUUGAUCAGUAACAACAAUAACAACCACGAUAGCAUCGAUAACAACAUGGUUAUGUUCUCAUCGAUGGUGGACUACAUGGACACUAUGAGUUUCAGUCAGAACAUCACGGUGGAGGAGGAGGAGGAGGAGGAGGAUGAGUUGGAGUUUCUAAAGACAUGUAAAGAGUCAGGGGUUGUUCAUAUCAUGGGGAACACUGUGGUGAAAGCAAGAAAAGGAUCAUUGCUUCCAAAGAAGAUAGCCAUUGAUUAUGUUUAUGCGUUUCUUGCUAAGAUUUGUAGGGAGAAUAGUGCUAUCUUGCAUGUUCCUCAUGAAACCCUUUUGAACGUUGGGCAAGUCUAUUAUCUUUAG